AUGGAGUCAGGGAACCUCACCUGGAUAUCAGAAUUUGUCUUCCUGGGGCUCUCACAGACUCGGGAGCUGCAGCUUUUCCUGUUUCUGGUGUUUCUGCUGGUCUACACCACCACUGUUCUGGGAAACCUCCUCAUCAUUAUCACGGUGACCGCAGACUCCCAGCUUCACACCCCCAUGUACUUUCUGCUUCGAAACCUGGCUCUCAUAGACCUCUGUUUCUCCUCAGUCACUGCCCCGAAGAUGCUGGUGGACUUCCUCUCUGAGAAGAAGACCAUCUCCUACCUGGGCUGCAUGGCCCAGGUCUUCUUCUUCCACUUUCUGGGCGGUGCCAUGCUCUUCUUCCUCUCCGUGAUGGCCUAUGACCGCCUCGUUGCCAUCUCCCGGCCCCUCCACUAUGUCACCAUCAUGAACACUCAGCUCUGUGUGGGGCUGGUGGUGGCUGCUUGGGUAGGGGGCUUUGUCCACUCCAUUACCCAACUGGCUCUGAUGCUCCCACUGCCUUUCUGUGGCCCCAAUGUCCUGGAUAAUUUCUACUGUGAUGUCCCACAAGUACUGAGACUUGCCUGCACGGACACGUCCUUCCUAGAGCUCCUCAUGAUCUGCAACAGUGGGUUGCUGGAUAUCAUCUGGUUCCUCCUCCUCCUGGCCUCGUACAUGGUCAUCCUGGUGAUGCUGAGGUCCCAUUCGGAGCAGGCCCGGAGGAAGGCAGCGUCCACCUGCACCACCCACAUCGUCGUGAUGUCUAUGGUCUUCAUUCCAAGCAUCUACCUCUAUGCCCGGCCCUUCACUGCCUUCUCCAUGGACAAGGCUGUGUCCAUCAGCCACACCGUCAUGACCCCCAUGCUCAACCCCAUGAUCUACACCCUGAGGAACCAGGAGAUGCAGGCGGCGGUGAAGAGGUUAGGGAGACAGUGCCUGGUUUGUAAAAAGGAGUGA